CUGACUGCGGCUCUGACAACAACAAGUGGACUGUGCAGUAUGGAUGGUGUACCUCUGAGGAUGCCUCAGGCUGCUUCUCUGCCGGAGGUCAAAGAUGAUGUCAAAGUGACUGUCCCUGACUACUUCAACAUACUGCAGGAGACAGAGUAUGAAUUCAAUCUGGAGAACUGGGUGGUAACUGGGUUGCAGAGUUGUUUUGCCACGCAGCAUCAGCCUGGGCCCUCUUCCUAUUCAUCAGGCCAGCUGGCAUCUUGUCCACCAUACUGGAUGAUAUUAAGCAGCCCACAACAAAACCGCCUGGCCAGUCGCCAGAGCUCAGACUUCUGCGAGCCCAACCCUCGACAGCGGUCCCACAGCCUCAAACACUCCAUCCUCUGCACCAAAGGUACCAUCUCAGAUUCUGAGGAUGAAGAGGGCGCUGCACAGAAAGCCAAGGCCAAGAAUGUUGGCUUGGGAGAACAGCGUCUUCCUGUAAAGUGUCAGCAUGUUCAGAGGAGAGCACAGAAGGCCUUCGUCCCUGACCUGCUGAACCCUCCGGCCUGUUUGAGCAGCCUACCACACCAGCGCAGAAAGAACCUGCGUCAGUGUCCACUUUCACUGCGUGACACAUCCACACAACAAGAUCCCAACACAGACAACCACUCCCAGAGCCCUUUAUCACACAUGGCCUCCAGCACCAGGACCUCUCACACCAGUGCCAGCACAGUCAAUGUGACAUUGAGACCAGAUACCUGUAGAAACCCCCUUGCCACCUCACCCCCCUGGGGUUUGCCCUCCUCUGGUUCAGACUCUACAGCAGAACUCCUGUCGGCUCUGAGCCCAGAAGAGAGAGAGUUGCUGGGGGCCAUCACUACACGGGGCUACUCUCUCCAUACCGCCAUCACUGCUCUUCAGAGGACAGGACGGCAGACCCCAGAUCAGAUCUUGAGUUACCUGGUGGCAUGUGACCACCUGUGCCAGCUGGGUUACGACAUGGCUCAGGUGGAAGAGGCCUUGGAGAUGUUUCAAAACUGUGAAACAAAGGCGGAAGAAUUCCUUCACCUGCUGAAUCAGUUCAAUGAAAUGGGAUUUCAGAAGAACACCAUCAAAGAAGUGCUGCUGGUUCAUGAAAACCACCGAGAUCGGGCUCUCGAGGAGCUGAUGAUGCGUGUGUCCUGAUAAAAGAUCCAUGCACACACGCGCGCACGCACACACACACUUUUCUCACUGACGUGUUGCUAAAAACUCAUCAUAUCUGAUCUUGUGUUGUAUGAAACAACUACACACACAUAGUUGUAGCUGAGGGUGGACAAGAACAGUCUAUUGUUAGAUGAUGAUUUGUUCAUAUUUCACGUGUUUAUGCAUAUAUUCUUUAACAUUUUAAUAGUUCAGUUUUGAAACAA